GAGUUGAAACUUUGGCAAUUGCUAUAAGGAACACUGAUAUUUAUGUUUCUUUCAUAUGUCGAUUAAAAUCACGAACAUAUACUAUUAUUUCAUAAUAAAGUUGUAAGUAGGUUAAUAUAAAAAAAACUUUGCGCGAAUGCAUUUACACGCUUAUUGACACACACGCUGAGAAAACAUUCUUAUCAACGAAUACGGAAGUAGAUAUACAUGUACCUCGGUUUUCAGAAAAUGCGUAAUGGAAUCUUAUGAUGUUUAUGGUUAUAGAUACACCUGUACGUUGGUUUUCAGAAAAAAAAUGUGAUGGGUGUCUUAUGACGUUUAUGGUUUUCCGGAUUUAAGAAGACAACAAUGACAAGGGCAAUUCCUACAUCUCGCACGAAACCCUCAUACACAACAGUGAAUAGCGACUUUUUCUCCUUUAAGCAACUAUAUUUAAUUUCGUGCAACAAGGGCCAUGGCCACACACGAUCCUCUGGAUGAAGGAUCGUGUGUGGAUGAAGGGUAUAUUAAGGAAGAUGACAGAGCUCCUUCGAAUAUGCAAGAAAAUGUUCUGGAAGACCAAGACGAACUGAUUGAAGACAACCUUAAAUGGUGGCGAUCGGCAAUAGUUCGUUGUAUACAAACGCCCCUUCUAGCUUCUAGACUGGCUCAAUUUGACAUUAUAAAUGCCGACGAAAAGUCCCGACUUGUCAGCCUGUAUCACCACCAUCCACCGCAUGUUGCCACUGAAGAGUUGAUUGAAAUCAUUAUCAACAAAAACCUUCCAAGAAAGUGGCAGGAUUUUAUUAAAGCCUUGGAAAUAGAAGGUUAUAUAUUUGUGAAGUCGCGUCUUAUCCCAUAUAAAACGGAAACACCUGCAGAACGCGAACAUGGGACGAAAGCUCGCGCAAUUGUGCGGUCCCAACACUGGAACAUGACAUUGAUCCGAUUCCACUACUGAAUUAUCUCGAAAAUCAUGGAGCUC